AUAGUUUAGUUACGAUUUCGAAAACGACCCGACGCGUCCCGCCGCCGGCGACAACCCUAUUUCUCGAAUUUUUUUCGCUUUAUCUUUGUCAAUUUCUCGAACAUCGUCGUUUAACUAUUUGACUAAUUGUGUGUGUGUUUUGAUUGUGAAUUGACUAUCUGUGAAUUUGGAUUACUUGAUCGGUCAUCAAACGGUCGCUAGCUCGUCCGUUUUCCAAAGACGAAGCUUCAAUUUUUCAACCAGUGAUGACAAACAGCUAGCAAUAUGGGGGUGACCGACGAUUUUGCCCCGAGCUUCACCCAGAAGCCGCAGCUGCGCCAAGAGGACGAUGGCAAUAAGCUCAUCUUCGAGUGCCAACUUCUGGCUUCGCCGAAGCCAGAGAUCAGCUGGUACCGCAGUGAUGAACUGCUCAAAGAGGAUACUAGGACACAAUUUAAGAUCCAGAGCAUCGCCAACAACAAGUUUCUGGUGGUGCUGGAGCUGGACGACGUGAUCGAGACAGAUGCGGGGCUUUACAAAGUUAAGGCUAAAAAUAAGAUGGGCGAGGUGGCCGCCUCCAUCAACCUUAACUUUAGCCCCGCUGACGAAGACAAACAGAAACAAGUAGACGGUAAAGCGCCAACGUUCGCGCGCAAGCCAGCCAUUCGACAAGAGGACGAUGGCAAGCGACUUAUAUUCGAGUGCCGUAUCGAGGCCGAGCCGGUGCCCAGUGUUGCCUGGUUCCACAAUACAGCGGAGGUCUCACCAGGAGCAAGACACAAGUUAACAGUAAGCAAAGACGGCAAAUCAUAUUAUGCAUCAUUGGAAAUCAACAACGUGACUGUGGAAGAUGCGGGCAAGUACCGCGUGACGGCCAAGAACGAACUUGGAGAAAGUAAUGCGACGAUCAGCUUAAACUUCGACAGCGACGAAGCGCCCGUGCCUGAAGACUUUAUCAAACCGACAUUUACGGAGAGACCUGUCAUCAGGCAAUCGGAAGAUGGUACCAAAAUCACUUUCGAAUGUCGAUGUGUUGGCAAACCGAAACCAACCAUUACAUGGUACCAUGGAAAGAAAUUAAUAAAAGAAAGCAGUCGAUACAAAAUAUCAUUAGAAGAGGAUCAAACAUUAUAUCAUAUGGCGCGACUAGAAAUUGUAGGCGUAGAGAAUUCAGACAAGGGAGAAUACAGGGCUGUGGCUAAAAAUAAACACGGUGAAGGCGUAGCUAAAAUAAACUUAAAUUUCCAGGGUGGGGAUAAACCAAAAAUCCCAGAUGGCAAAGCACCUAGAUUUCCUAAAAAACCUACAAUUAGACAGGAAGGGGAUAUUUUAAUUAUGGAAUGUAUACUUGAAGCAUACCCCGUACCAGAUAUUACAUGGUACCACGGUGAUAAAGAAAUCAGGGACGGUGCUAAAAUGAAGAUGUCUAGAAAAGCCAUUGGGAAAGAUACAUUUAACCUUACCUUAGAAAUUUUAGGUCCUACUAAGGAAGAUGGUGGAAAUUAUAGAUGUAACGCUUUCAAUGUGUUUGGUGAGAGCAACGCCAAUAUUGCUCUAAACUUCCAAGGUGGGGAUGACGAAAAUGGUUUUGCACCAUCGUUCAUAGAAAAACCACGAAUCAUUCCCAACGAAGAUGGCACACUCAUUACAAUGCGUUGUGUCUGUAAAGCCAAGCCGGCGGCUGAAGUAACGUGGUACCGAGGCACGACCGUUAUCAAGGCUAGUAGCAAAAUACAAAUUAAAUCAUCUGUAAUAAGCGAGGACGUUUACGAGUUGGUAUUGCUGAUAUCAAAUCCGACGGCAGCAGAUGGUGGCGCUUAUCGCUGUCACGUCCAAAAUGAAUUUGGUGAAAGCAAUGCUAACCUCAACUUAAAUAUUGAGGCUGAACCAGAACCUGAAGGAGAGGGGCCAACAUUUGUUGAGAAACCUACCAUUCAGUCUAGAGAAAACGGUAAACUCGUAGUAAUGGGAUGUAAGGUAAAAGCUAGCCCGAGACCAACGAUCAUAUGGUACCAUGAGGGUAAAGAAAUCAGGGACUCGUCGAAAAUAAAGACCAGGGUCGAAGUUAAAGAAGAUAUUUACACUAUCAUUUUGGAACUUGUAGACCCUGGUAUGGAAGACUCCGGAUUGUAUAAAUGCAAUAUCAAAAAUGAACUUGGAGAGCUCAAUGCUAAUCUAACGCUCAAUAUUGAAAUCAUUCCAGUUAUAAAAGAAAAACCAAAGAUCAUUAAGAUAGUUAAAAAGAAGACUGUGAUUGUUGAAUGUAAAGUAUUAAGUAAAUUUGCACCUUCUUGUACAUGGUUUAAGGAAGCCAGUGCUGUUAAAGAAGAUUCUAGACACACAGUGCUAAUUGAACCUGUCAGAGAAGGUGAAUUCGCAGUCAAAUUAGAAAUCUCUAACGUAUCACAACAAGAUAAAGGAUCAUACAAGCUUGUUGCAAAGAAUGAAAAGGGAGAAGCGACUUCACAACAAGUCGAAAUCACUGAAAUUAUUGAAGAGAAAGGAGAAAAACCACAAAUCAUCAAACAUCUCCGAAGUUUGGCCAGGAAAGAAAAUGAGGAAGCUGAGUUCGUAGCAGUUCUUAAAACAUCAGAUCAAUCAUGUAGAUGUACUUGGUACAAAAAUUCAACAGUGAUUAGAGAGUCCUCAGAAGUAAACACGUCAUUUGAUGGUACUAAUGCACGUUUGAUUAUCAGAAAAGUAUCAUCAAAAUAUGUAGCUAACUACAGAGUAGUUAUCAAAAACGAAUUUGGUGAAGAUGAAUCAAGUGCAGAUUUAACACUCACUGAAGAAAAGAAAAAGAAAAAGGAAGAAGAAGAAGAAGAAACUACUGUAAUAGAGGAGUCUGAAGAGGAAAUGUCGAUUGUAGAAGAAAAAUCUAUAAUCGAAGAAAAUCAUGUCGAAGAAAAAAGGCAGAAAAAAGAGAAAAAACAAGAAGAAGAGGAGGAACAGACUAUUAUUGAACAAAAGAAAACAGCAGCUAAAAAGGUAUCAAAGAAAGAAGAAAUAAAGGUGGAAGCUAAAAAGGAAGAAGUUCAAAUUGAGGCAAAGAAAACUGAAACUAAAGUCGAAGCAAAGAAAGUAGAAUCCAAAGUGCAAGAACAGAAAAAAGCUGAAGUAGAAAUAGAAGAGGCUAAAAAAAUAUUGGAAAAGAAAACAGCUAAAACAGAAGAAGAGAAGAAGGCCCUUCUAGAGAAAAUUGAGAAAAAGAAAGUAGAAAAAGUACCUGAAGCUGAACCUAAAAUAGAAGGCAUUCCGAAACUAAAACCUGUUAAACCUAAGGAAGAGCCUAAGCCACAAGAAGAAAAGAAAGAUACUAAAAAGACCGAAGAGAAAAAGAAAGUUGUUAAAAAGAAGGUUGUUACUAAAAAGAAGGAGGCAGACGAUGUGAUGGAGUUCGUUGACGAUUACGAGCGCCCUGUACUGGAGAAAUAUGAGAAAAUUACACCAACACCUCUCGAAAAGAGACCAAAAGUUAAUGACACACUAAAGACAAAACGCGCAUCCAUAACUGAGAGUGUUGAAAGUCAACCAGAGGAAAGUGACGAAGAACCGUCAAUGGCCACUCCGACACCGGAGAAAAAAACAAAAGUAGAAACCAAAGAGAAGGUUCAAGAAGAAACUAGGCGUUCAAGCAUUAAAAAAAGUGUACUUAAGCCAGAGGAACCCGUUGACGAAUUAGGUCAAGUUAAAUUGUCUAAGGCUCCCACAAAACCGGUAACGGAAGCAUCUGAAGAACCACAAGUAGCAAAGACAAAUAAAACAAUUAAAAAGCCUGAUGAGCAAAAAGAAUACGUGGACGAUUACGAAAGGCCAGAUCUAGAAAAAUAUGAUAAAAUCACUCCUACGCCGUCUGAUAAGACAAAGAAGCAGAAUGGAGUUAGUGAGGAAUCAUCUGAGUUUAUAGACGAUUAUGAAAAGCCACAACUUGAAAAAUAUGAAAAAAUGACACCUACACCAAAAGAUAAACGUCGUCCUAGUGACACACAGGAUGAAGUUGACACGAUGAAGGGUAAAAUUAAACCUAAACAAAAAGAAGACGAACCAGAAAUGCCAACUCUACGGAAACGAUCUAUUGCAAAAGAUAAGGAAGAGGAGAAAAAGCCUGACGAGAAACCAAAACCAAAAUCUGUUAAAAAAGAUGAGACAAAACCUAAAAAACGUCCCUCUCUCAAAGAAAAGGAGGUCGAAGAAGAAGAAUUUAUCGACGACUACGAGAGACCAGUUCUCGAAAAAUACGAGAAAAUCAGUCCUACACCUAUCGAGAAAAAGAGAAAGGAGGAUAAAAAGCCAGAAGAAGCAACUCCUUCUGUAACUGCGCAAAGGCGUCGUUCCGUAAAAGACAAAGAUAAGCCUGAGCCUAUGGAGGUCGAUGAAACUGUGAGCGUUACAAAGCCUAAAGGUCCAGUUAAACCGGGACAAGAACCCGAAGACGUUUCACUUUCACACAAAACACCCGCCGAAAUUAAACCUACGGAGGGUGAAGCUGAAGCUAAACUCAAAAUUCAGAAACCAGAAAUUGUUGAAGAUAAAACUAUUAAACGACCUACUCCCAAAGAUAAGGAUCAAAAGGGCGAGGAUACUGAGGAAUCUGUCAGCCUCACCAAGCCAAGAACUAAGACUAGCACAACUGCCCCAGAAGAGGCAUCACUGACACAAAAGAAACCUGCUCAGAAAAAACAAACGGAGGGUUCAGAGGCUGCAGAGCUUAAAGUCAAAAAACCCGCUGUUGUCAAGAAAGACAAGAAUGAGGAACCACUGAUGGUCAGAGGUGGUAAAUUUGAAGUGCCACCACUAAAGAAAAUUGUCAAGAAGACAUCCGAAAAACCUAAUAAAGCUACAUCUGAUACUGUCACUACUGAUAAAGAAUAUUCUAACGAUGGGUUCGAAUUGGAUUUCGUCGACGAUUACGAAAGGCCCGUUCUUGAGAAAUACGAAAAAAUAUCGCCAACUCCACUUGUUAAGGAAAAGAAAGAAAAGGAGGUGGCUAAGGUUGAAAGCAGAAGAACGUCAGUUCAAAGCGAGAUGCAUGUAGAACAACAGCAGCAGCAUCUCUCUGUGAAGACCGAAAGCCGGAGAACGUCCAUACAAAACGAGGUCCAAGAAGUCAAAACUGAGAGCCGACGUAGCUCUAUCAUCGAAAACAAACAGCUUAAGUUCACAAAAGAAACUGCUGAAAGCCGAAAAUCAUCGGUUGCAUCGAUAUCUGAGCAAGAACAGGUUUCACAAAUUAAAAAGACUGGACUUAAGAAAAAAAUAAUUCCCCCAAAGCAACCGGAAGUAGUGAAUGAGUUAGCGCAAAUUAAGCAAUUAUUGAAGGAUGACACUAAAGCUAUGGAAGAUAAGGUAACACAAAAACUAGACGAUACACCCAAAGAGAAUGUAUAUCCAUGGCGACCUACGAAAACAGACACACAGGCUGAAUCAGAGGGCACAAACGAGAAAAAACCAGCUUCUUUAGAAAUUCCACAAGCCGCUAUAAGCAGCAGACCUCCAUCUGACGAGAAAGUUGAGGUUAAAAAAGAAACAGUAGAUGAAGAAGCCAAAAAAGCUAAACUUAAAACAGUUAAGAAGAAGGCAGAAGAUUUACCUGAAAUCCCCGACUAUGAAAGGCCUGAUCUUGAGAAAUAUGAAAAGAUUUCACCGACACCUACAACUAGAGAAAAACCAGAGAAAGACAAGCCGGCUGAAAAGCCGAAGGUCCCAGAAAUUAAGGCACCAGAAGAAAAACCAGUGGCACCUAAAAUUGAGGUUGUGCGCGAAAAAUCUCCGAAACCGGAGGCACCGAGAAAACCAUCGUUGUCACCAGCUCCUCCAGCAAGAAGAGGGUCGCUCAUUCCUCCACCAGAGGAAAUGGGACGACGCCCGUCAUUACUCAUCAGCGACGAGGUCACCAAAUUACGUCCUGGAGAAGUUUUAGACGAGAAAAAGAAACGCGGCAGGCCGGGUGAACUAUCAGGCGAGCGAAGAAAAUCUGGUGACACGAGAAGACCAUCAAUCCAAGACCUAGAAGACUUAAUUAAUAAGCCCUCUAUACCAUUGAAGCCGCAUGGUAAUGAGGGACCUCCACAAAUUGUUGACGUGCAAGAAAGCAACUCUGCUGUUGAAGAUCAAACUGGAUACCUCACUAUUCAAGUCGAGGGUAACCCAGCACCGACCUUCAAAUUUUACAAAGGUGUCACAGAAAUCAUUGAAGGUGGCCGUUUUAAGUUCGUCACUGAUGGCGAAAAUGGUCUUAUCACACUCUGUAUGAGGAAAGUAAAACCUAACGAUGAAGGCAAAUACAAAGUCGUUGUUAGUAACAUUCAUGGCGAAGACUCAGCUGAAAUGCAACUUUAUGUGUCCGAUGCCAGUGGUAUGGACUUCCGUGCUCUACUCAAGAAGAGGAAAUACGCUAAGUGGGGUGAAAAGAAGGAUGAUCCUGAUUGGGGUGACUUAAAGGAAACCGAAAAACCAAUUCCACCUCUAAAAAAAGUCGAAAAGAGAUCCCAAAAUAGAAGACCGUCUCUAGCGGAACUGAUUCCAGAUUGGCCGGUGCUGCACUCGUUCAAAAGAAACGAGAAACAAGAGUCAUUCUUGAAGCCCCUCGUAGAUCAAUUUGCAAAGGAAGGUAAGGAUAAGAAGGUAACCUUCGAAGCGAUUUUCACGAAACCGAAUGCAAAGCCGAAGUGGUUCUUCCGAAAGGAUGAAUUAUUCCCUGGAUCUAAAUAUAAGAUGACGAACGAACAAGAUUCAUACAAACUCAUUAUAAUGAACCCUAAAGUCGAUGAUACAGGAAAAAUUACAAUUGAAAUUGGUGGCAUCACUAGCACUGCUUUCUUACAAGUCGAAGAACCUGAUCCAACUUACAAUUUCACAAAGCAUCUGAAGAAAACUCUUACCGGAUACACAAAACAUGAAACUGUACUUGAAUGUACCGUUUCCAACAGUUUAGCAAUCGUCUCUUGGUGGAAAGGAGAAACGAAAAUCGAAGAUGGAGACGAUUUCCAAAUAUCUAAAGAUUUAUCUGGUCAAUGUAAAUUGAUAAUUAAGAAGGCUAAAUUAGAAGAUGCUGGCAAAUAUUCUUGUAGAAUUGAGAAACAAGCCGAUAAAACCGAAUGUGAACUUAAAAUUGUUGAAUACCCAUAUAAAUUCACCAAGGUACUCAAAUCUCAACAAGCUAUUGAAAAAGAUACCAUCACAUUACUUUGUGAAUUGGACGACGCUUCGGGUGAUGUGAAAUGGUACAAGGACGACCAGCCUCUUAAGGUAGAUAAGCGUAUCACAAUAGUAAAGGAGGGUCGCAAGCGAAAGGUGGUUAUCAAGGAUGCGAAGGUUACUGACGCCGGAAACUUCAAGUGUGUCAGUAACGCCGAUGAGACUGCCUGCGAAUUGAUCGUCAAUUACUCUAAUCGCUUCAACAAAAAGUUGAAGGACACAGAAGCAAUUGAGAGGGAUAAGGUAGUUCUUGAAGUGGAAUUACAAGAUCAAACCGCUGAAGCUGUAUGGUCUUUCAAUGGAACCCCCAUUGUGCCUAAUGAAAGGAUAGAAAUCAAGAACCUGGGUGGUGGUAAACACCAGCUUAUUUUCAACAAGAUAGAGAUGGAGGAUGAUGGUGAAAUCCUUUGUGAAUCCGGUAAACUUAGCUCAUCUUGUAAACUGUCCGUCAAACAAGGCGAAUCCAAACCUAAAAUUGAAUGUCCCGAUGAGUUCAACGGGCCAGCUGGAAAUCAAUUUGUCAUCGAAGUGCCUUAUAAUAUUUCUGGCACUCGUCAAACGCCUAUUGAGGCGAAAUUACUUAAAGAUGGAAAACCUUUGCCUAACAAGGAAGUUGAAGCAGUCGUUGAACAAGAGAAAAUUCUCUUCAAGAUUAAGAGACCGACCAGAGAAGGUUCUGGAAAAUAUCAGAUCAGGCUUUCAAAUGCCCAGGGAGAAGACUCCAAAGAUGUUAAUAUCAUCAUGCAGACAGCGCCUACACCACCUAGAGACGUUGAAGUCAAGGAAGUCUUCCAGACCUCAUGCGUUGUUACGUGGAAGGCACCUCAAGACGAUGGUGGUUCUCCAAUCAUCAAAUACCUCAUUGAAAGACAGGAUCUAUCUCUCAAAGCUGCUUGGGAUAGUGUUGCGGAAGUUGCACACGGUGAGCAAACUACGUAUAAGGUCGAGGAUCUUAUACCAAAGAAGACUUACAAAUUCAGAAUCCGAGCUGUUAAUAAGAUCGGUGCUAGUGAACCUGGUCUUUUCGCUAAGCCUGUUCUGGCUAAAGAUCCAUGGGACGAACCAUCGAAACCCAGAGGCGUGGAGAUCACUGACUGGGACAAAGAUCAUGCAGAUAUCAAAUGGCUAAAGCCAGAUAAUGAUGGCGGUGCACCUAUCACUGGAUAUAUUAUUGAGUACAAGGAGAAAUUCGGCAAAGACUGGGUAAAAGGUGUAGAAGUACCGGGAGACGCAUUAUCUGCCACACAAGUUGGGCUUAAAGAAGGUUGCACUUACGAGUUUAGGGUACGCGCUAUUAAUAAGGCAGGCCCUGGAGAACCUAGUGACAGCACUAAGCCUAUAGUUGCUAAAUGCAGAUUUGUUAAGCCCUACAUCAUUGGUGAAGGUCUUCAGGGUAUGAUCAUCAAAAAGGGUCAGGUUAUAUCCUUUGACAUCAAAUAUGGAGGUGAACCUGAGCCGGAAGUCAAAUGGCUUCAAGGAGAAGAGAAACGUGGAAAGGCGUACACCGAGAAGGAAAUUCACGACGAUGGUGACCGUAUCACCAUUGACAAAUAUGAAAGAAACACUGUGUUGACGGUGCGAAGAACCACGAGAAUCGACAGUGGAAAAUAUAAGCUGGUCCUGACCAAUUCAUCUGGUACAUGCGAGAGCAUCGCCGAUGUUGUCGUACUUGACAAACCAAAUCGUCCAAAUGGUCCCAUCGAAAUCACGGAUAUCCGUGCCGAGAAGGCGACCGUUAAAUGGCAAAAGCCUGAUGAUUGGAAGGGAUCUGAUAUCACUGGAUACACCCUUGAAAAAAUGGACUUGGAUACCGGCAACUGGGUACCAUGCGGUGAAUGUGGCGCUGAGCCAACAGAAUUCACUGUCAAAGGUCUAACGCCAAACCACAAGUACAAGUUCAGAGUUCGAGCCGUAAAUAAGGAAGGCGAAUCUGAGCCUUUAGAGACUGAUGGAUUUAUUGUGGCUAAAAAUCCUUAUGAUCCACCCAAAGCACCAGGCAAGCCUAAUAUUAUUGACUAUGACAACAUGUCAGUCACACUGCAAUGGGAGCCCCCAACUGACAAUGGUGGUCGACCUGUCCUUGGAUAUGUUAUUGAGAUGAAAGACAAGUUUACUGCUACCUGGGUUGAGGUGCAAAAGACUCAAGAUGUAAAGACAGAGGCCAAAGUGGAAGGUCUGAAGGAGAAAAUGAUCUAUCAGUUCCGUGUGAAGGCCUACAACAAGGCCGGUGUUGGUGACGCGUCAGAGCCCACCGAAAACCAUCUUUGCAAACACAGGAACUUGAAGCCACGUAUUGAGCGCAGCACCUUCAAAUCGGUGAUUAUCAAGGCUGGUCGCACUCACAAAUGGUCUGUGGAUGUCAUUGGUGAACCUCCACCGGAGACCACAUGGUCAUGGCGCGAGAAUAUAAAACUGGUAAAUACAGAGCGCAUCAAGAUCGAGAACGUGGACUACCACACAGAUUUCACUAUCGUGAACGCGGUGCGUCGCGACACUGGCAAAUACACUCUCAGAGCCGAGAACUGCAAUGGUUUCGAUGAGGAGACCGUUGAACUUACUGUUCUCAGCAAGCCUACUGCUCCAAAGGGACCAUUGGUAGUGACAGAUGUCCAUGCAGAGGGCUGCAAAGUUAAAUGGGAGAAGCCGGAGGACGAUGGUGGCUCUCCCGUUAAGGAAUACGAGCUUGAGAAGAUGGACGUGGCUACUGGCAAAUGGGUCCGUGUGGGCAGAGUUGCCGGUGACAAAAAGCCAUUGGAAAUGGAGGUGACCGGAUUGGAACCUGGUCAUCAGUACAAAUUCAGGGUGACGGCGGUCAAUGACGAGGGUGACUCUGAACCCUUGGAGACAGAGAAGGCGGUUCUCGCUAAGAAUCCGUUUGACGUCGCCGAUAAGCCCGGAAACGUCGAGGUCGCAGACCAUGACAAUCAAAGCGCGGAGAUCAAAUGGGAGCCUCCAAAGUCCGACGGUGGAGCACCCAUACAGAAGUACAUCAUCCAGAAGAGACCAAAGGGUGGUGACUGGGAGAACGCUGCUGAGGUACCCGGAACAGCGACGUCCGGAAAGAUAGAAGGCCUGCCUGAAGGCAGUGAAUACGAGUUCCGCGUGAUCGCCGUCAACAAGGCCGGUCCAUCUGAGGCCUCUGAGCCCACAAAGAUGACCACGAUCAGACACAAAGCCUUGAAACCCCGUAUCGACCGUACCAACCUCAAGGCGCUCGCCGUGAGAGCCGGCAAGUCGAUCUUCUUCGAUGUGAACGUUCGCGGUGAACCUGCGCCGAAGGUGCAAUGGUUCCAGAAAUGGAAGAACGAAGAGAAGGAGGUAACCGAAAAUGUAAUCAACGUGGACUAUAACACAAAACUGGACAUCAAAGAAGCUGUUCGGGCCAUGACCGGUACUUACCGCAUCUUGGCCACCAACGAGCACGGCAAAGACGAGGCGGAAGUUGAGAUCACCGUCCUCUCAGCUCCGGGCAAGCCCGGCGGUCCAUUGAAGGUUGCCGAUGUCACCAAGAAUGGAUGCAAAUUGGCCUGGAAGAAGCCAGAAGACGAUGGUGGCAAACCUGUAACCGGCUAUGUGGUUGAGAAACUCAACAAGGCAACCGGCCGCUGGGUGCCAGUUGGUAAAACCGAUGACACUGAAAUGGAGAUCAAGGGUCUGCAAGAAGGAGAGGAGUACGAGUUCAGAGUCAAAGCUCUGAACGAUGAGGGAGAGUCUGAACCAUUGAAGACCGACCACUCGAUCAUUGCUAAGAAUCCUUUCGAUAUUCCCGGCAAGCCGUCCGUCCCCACUUUGGAGGAUUGGGACGUGGACCACGUGGACCUCAAAUGGGAGGCGCCCAAGAACAACGGUGGAGCACCCAUUACUGGUUACAUCAUCGAGAAGAAAGAGAAGUACGGGCACUGGCAGGAGGCGCUUGUUACUACGACGCCAGAAUGCAAGGCUCGUGUUCCCGAUCUGAAGGAGGGCAACACGUACCAGUUCCGCGUGCGAGCCGUCAACAAGGCGGGGCCCGGGGAGCCCGGGGAACCCACGCAACCACAUGUCGCUAAGGCCAGAUUCCUGAAACCUCACAUAAACCGCGACAAGAUGGUGGCUGUACGUGUGCGUGCUGGUACUACUAUCAAGUUAGACGUGGACAUUAAGGGUGAACCUCCACCGACCAAGACAUGGACCUUCGCUAACAAGGUCGUCGAGAACGGACCUGGAAUCAAACUCGAGAACGAGGACUACAACACGAAGCUUCAGAUCUUCGAAUCAUCGUGGAAGAACUCCGGUAUUUACACGCUCAAAGCUGAAAACGAUUCAGGAGUCGAUGAGGCUACGGUGGAGAUCACUGUGCUUGACAAGCCAGGCAAGCCCGAGGGACCCCUGGAGGUGUCGGACGUGCACGCCGACCACGUGAAGCUGUCGUGGAACAAGCCCAAGCACACGGGCGGCCUGCCGCUCAGCGCCUACGUGGUGGAGAAGAUGGACACCGUGACCGGCAAGUGGAGCCCGGCCGGCACCAUCGACCCCGACGUCACCGAGGCCACGGUUACCGGCCUUGAAGCCGGUCACACAUACCAGUUCAGGGUCAAGGCCUUGAACGAGGAGGGAGAAUCUGAACCACUUGAGACUGACCAUGGCAUCCUCGCCAAGAACCCCUACGAUGUACCAGCGCCACCUGGCCUGCCGGACAUCGUGGACUGGGACGAAAAGUCGGUCAAACUUAAAUGGGAGCCUCCGAUUAGAGAUAAUGGAGCGCCAAUUACAGGAUAUAUCAUCGAAGUUAUGGACAGAGAUAGAGGAGAAUUCGUCAAGGCCGCUGAAGUUCACGGCAACGUAUGUCAAGGAACAGUACCAAAGCUUGAAGAAGGCAAUCAAUACCAGUUCCGUGUGCGAGCGCUCAACAAAGCGGGUCAGUCCGAACCUUCGGAGAACACCCCCUGGCACACAGCUAAGCCACGGUUCUUGAAACCAAGGAUCGAUCGCACAAAUCUCAACCCGAUCAACGUCAAGGCUGGUCUGCCAGUGUCCCUUGACAUUAAGGUCUUCGGAGAACCACCGGCAACUGUCACCUGGCACUUCCAGGGCCAGGAGCUGUCGAACAGGGAGAAUCUUGAGAUCAUCAACGUUGAUUAUAACACGAAAUUCUUGAUGACCAAGAGUAAGAGAGCGAAUAGCGGCAAAUAUAUCAUCAAAGCCAAGAACGAAGUUGGUGAAGAUGAGGCAGAAGUUGAGAUUACUGUACUUGGAAAGCCAACCAAACCGCAGGGACCAUUGGAAGUGGCAGAUGUCACAAAGAAUGGCUGUACUCUGUCAUGGAAGAAACCAGAAGACGACGGCGGAUCGCCCAUCGAAUAUUACGAGAUUGAAAAACUUGAUCCGCUUACUGGACAAUGGAUACCGUGCGGAACAGCCAAGGACACGAAGGCUAACGUUACCGGCUUGCAAGAAGGCAAGCCUUACAAGUUCCGCGUGAAGGCCGUUAACAAGGAGGGCGAAUCUGAGGAAUUGGAGACCGAGAAACCGAUCAUCGCUAAGAAUCCAUUCGAUGAGCCCGGUAAGCCCGGUCGUCCAGAACCACGUAACUGGGACAAGGACUUCGUGGAGUUGGAAUGGAGCGCUCCCAAAGACGACGGUGGUGCUCCUAUCACUGGAUACAUCGUACAGAAGAGAGAGAAGGGAGGAAGGUCGUGGUCCGACUGCUUGCGCACGUCGGGCGAGCGGCCCACGGGCCGCGUCACGGACGUGGAGGAGGGCCACGAGUACCAGUUCCGCGUCAUCGCGCUCAACAAGGCGGGGCAGUCCGAGCCCUCCGAGCCCAGCAAGUCUGUCACUGCCAAGCCUAGAUUCUUGGCACCCAAAAUCGAUCGCAAAUUCCUCCAAAGCCGCAAGGUUAAGGUUGGUCAAGUGCUCAAACUGGAGGCGGACGUCAAGGGCGAACCGGAACCUACCAUCACCUGGACCUUCAAGGACCAAACUCUCAAGAGCACCGAGAGGCUGAAGAUCGAGAAUGCGGACUACCACACAUCUUUCGUGCUGCAAAAGGUGACAAGGGAAGAUGGUGGAAAGUACGUGGUGACGGCGAAGAACGAAACUGGCACUGAUACUGUUGAGAUUGACAUCUCAGUGGUCAGUAAGCCCGCUAAGCCUAAAGGACCUUUGAAGGUAUCAGACGUUGUAGCAGAUGGUUGCAAACUUAAAUGGGAGCCACCAGAAGACGACGGUGGUGAACCAGUGGAGAGCUACGUCGUUGAACGUAUGGACACUGACUCUGGUCGCUGGGUGCCGGUCUGCACCACUAAGACUCCAGAGGCUGAUGUCACUGGCCUCAAUGAGGGCAAGGACUACAUGUUCAGAGUGAAGGCUGUGAACCCCGAGGGUGAGAGCGAGCCGCUAGUCACGGAAACCGCCACCACAGCCAAAAAUCCUUAUGGCGAACCAGACCCACCGGGCAAGCCCGAGUUCAAGGACUGGAGUGCCGAUCACGUGGACCUCAAGUGGGAGAAGCCGCCCAGCGAUGGUGGAGCACCCAUCACCGCCUACAUCGUGGAGAGGAAGGACAGAGACACUGGCAAAUGGGUCAAGGCCGCUGAGGUUCCUGGCACAAAGACGGAAGCUCGUAUCCCCGAUCUAAUCGAGGGUAAAACGUACCAAUUCCGUGUGAAGGCAGUGAACAAAGCCGGUCCGGGUAAACCUUCCGCGGCCUCCGAGAGCCUCCUCGCUAAAGACAGAUUUGCACCACCGAAGAUCGACCGCACAAAUAUGCGUGACCUGACACUGAAGGCCGGACAGAUCAUCAGGCUGGACGUCAAGGUCACCGGUGAACCUCCACCGACCAAGACCUGGUUCCACAACAAGGAGCGUCUGUCCACUCGUGAUGACCUCACCGUAGAUGUAGAGGACUACAGGACGAAGCUCUCGGUGCUGGUCGCCACGCGCAAGCACAGUGGCACCUACGUACUGAAGGCGGAGAACAGCAGCGGCAAGGACGAGGCCAGCAUACAGGUGUUCGUGCUGGACGUACCCGCCAAGCCGGAGGGACCACUCAAGAUAUCCGACGUUCACAAAGAGGGUUGCACUUUGAAGUGGAACGCUCCACUGGACGACGGCGGCGCUCCUAUCGACCACUACUUGGUAGAGAAGCUGGACGCCGAAACCGGCAGAUGGAUGCCAGCUAUGAAGACCAAGGAUCCAAAGGCCGAGAUAGAAAACCUGGUGCCUGGACACGAGUACAAGUUCAGGGUGUCCGCUGUUAACAACGAGGGCGUGUCCGAGCCACUUGAGGGCGAACAGUCCAUCAUUGCUAAGAAUCCAUUCGAUGAACCCGGCAAACCUGGCACACCAGAGGUGCUGGACUGGGACAAGGACCAUGUGGACCUCAAGUGGAGCAAGCCCAUUAAAGAUGGCGGCGCUCCCAUCACUGGAUACAUCAUUGAGAAGAGAGAGGUCGGAUCGACUAAAUGGGCGAAGGCUUGCGAGGUCGGUCCAAAUGACAACGAAAAGGCUACAGUUCCUAACCUGGACGAGGGUACGGAGUACGAGUUCCGCGUGAAGGCGAUCAACGAGGCCGGACCCGGGGAGCCCAGUGACGCCAGCAAGUCCGUCACAUGCAAACCAAGGAGGCUGGCUCCCAAGAUCGACCGGCGCAACCUGCGCGCGAUCCACGUGCGCGAGGGCGAGCCCAUCGCGCUCGACGUCAAGGUGUCGGGCGAGCCCGCGCCGGACGUCACGUGGACGCUCAACGGCAAGACCGUCAGCAGCGGGAACGGACUCAAAUUGGUGAACGUGCCUUACCUGAGCAAGUACCAGCACUCAAGCCCGCGUCGCAAGGAUUCGGGCACAUACAAGAUACAAGCCGUCAACAAGUACGGGCAGGACACGGCGGAGCUCGAGAUCACCGUCACUUCGAAACCCGACAAACCCGAAGGACCACUGGAAGUGUCUGACAUACACAAAGAUGGCUGCACGCUGAAAUGGAAGCGGCCCAAGGAUGAUGGUGGAGAACCCAUCGAGAGUUACGUGGUCGAGAAAUACGACCCAGAGACCGGGGCCUGGAUGCCCGUCGGAAAGACCCUCGGCAACGUGCCUGAGAUGGAGGUCGACGGUUUGAUCCCCGGUCACGAGUACAAGUUCCGCGUGAAGGCGGUCAACAAGGAGGGCGAGUCGGAGCCGCUCGAGACCUUCGGUUCCAUCGUCGCUAAAGAUCCCUUCACCGUUCCGGACGCGCCGUCCACGCCGGUGCCGGACGACUGGUCGGCCACGCACUGCGACCUCAAGUGGGAGGCGCCCGCGAGCGACGGCGGCUCGCCCGUCAUCGGCUACAUCGUGGAGCGCAAGGACAAGUACAGCCCGCUGUGGGAGAAGGCGGUCGAGACGCACUCGCCCACCCCCGCGGCCACCGUCAACGGCUUAAUCGAAGGAAACGAAUACCAGUUCCGUGUGAUCGCCGUCAACAAGGCUGGCCAGAGCAAACCCUCGGAUGCCAGCAAGACCUUUAUUGCCAAGCCAAGGUUCCUUGCACCGAAGAUCGACAGGAGACACCUUCGGGAUGUUACUCUAUCUGCUGGUUCGACAUUGAAGCUGGAGGCUGCCAUUACUGGAGAGCCAGCGCCAGCUGUUGAAUGGAGAUACCAGAACAUGCCGCUCAGAUCAUCCAAGGCGGUCACAAUCGACAGUCCAGAAUAUUUCACCAAACUGGUCGUGAGACCAGUGCGGCGAGACGAUACUGGAGAGUACACCGUCACCGCUGUCAACUCGAGUGGCAAGGACACCGUCACCAUCAAUGUGUUGGUCACCGACAAGCCCAACAUGCCUGAGGGACCAUUACAGAUUUCGGACGUCCACAAAGACGGUUGCACGCUUAAAUGGAAGCGGCCGAAAGACGACGGUGGAGCGCCCAUCGAGUACUACCAAGUGGACAAACUGGAUACAGAAACUGGCUGCUGGGUGCCCUGCGCCAGAUCUGAAGAACCUCGCUGUGAAGUAACAGGCUUGACGCCUGGAAAGGAAUACAAGUUCCGCGUAUCCGCUGUCAAUUCGGAGGGAGAAUCUGAACCUCUCGUUUCGGAGGAGAAGAUCGUUGCUAAGAAUCCCUACGACGAGCCUGGUGCGCCAGGAACACCAUCAGUUACGGACUGGGACAAGGACCACGUGGACCUCAAGUGGGCCCCGCCUCAAGAAGAUGGUGGUGCUCCCAUCGAGGGCUACAUCAUCGAGAAGAAGGACAAGUUCGGCAACUGGGAGAAGGCACUCGAAGUUCCGGCUGAUAAGACCACUUGCACAGUUCCUGACUUGAUCGAAGGACAGACUUAUGAGUUCCGCGUCCGCGCAGUGAACAAGGCGGGUCCGGGCGUGCCGAGCGACAGCACUCAUCCGAUAGUCGCUAAGCCCAGGAACUUGGCGCCGAAGAUUGACAGAACUAACCUUAUCGAUAUCAAGAUCAAAGUCGGACAGAAGUUCGGUUUUGAUGUCAAGGUUACCGGUGAACCUAUGCCGGAAACGAAAUGGUACCUCGGUAAGAGGGAGGUGAAGUCUGGUGGUGAAAUGAAAGUCCAGCACUCGGAUUACAACACCAAGUUGCAAUGCAAGGCGGCCACACGAUCCGACAGUGGACGUUACACCAUCACCGCUGAGAACUGCAACGGCAAGGACGUAGCUGAGGUGGAGGUCAUCGUGCUGAGCGUGCCCAGCCCUCCGGGUGGACCUCUCAAGGUAUCCGAUGUUCACGCAAACGGUGCUAAAUUAUCCUGGAACCCACCAGCUGACGAUGGUGGUCAACCAAUCGAGAAAUACGUCGUGGAGCGUAUGGACGAAGCCACGGGCAGAUGGGUAAAUGCCGGAGAGACCGACGGACCCGUGACCAACCUCGAGGUGGAUGGACUACAGCCUGGCCACAAGUACAAGUUUAGGGUGCGGGCAGUUAACAGACAAGGAAAGUCUGAACCUCUCACUACACCUCAUGCCACGGAGGCUAAGAAUCCGUUCGACGUUGCCGGAAAGCCUGGUACGCCUAAGAUCAAAGACUUUGACCGAGAUUUCGUGGAGUUGGAAUGGACCAGACCAACUACAGACGGUGGAGCACCAAUCACUGGUUAUGUUAUUGAAAAGAAGGAUAGAUUCGCACCGGAUUGGGAGGAAUGUGCACAGAUUGAAGGUGACGUUACAUCCGGUAAAGUUCCUGACCUAAUCGAAGGCAAUACUUACGAAUUCCGUGUUCGUGCAGUCAAUAAAGCGGGUAAGGGCAUCCCAAGUGAUGGAACUGCCCCGCAUCUGGCUAGGCCUAAGAAUCUGGCGCCAAAGAUUGACAGAAACUUUAUGUUCGACAUCAAAGUUAAGGUUGGACAGAACUUCGAGCUUGACGUACCCGUCGCUGGUGAACCAACACCGACUAAAGAAUGGCUACAUGGAGAAAAUCUUGUACUUAAUACUGACAGAAUUAAGAUUUACAAUGACACGCAUAAUACUAAAAUUCGAGUCAUUGACGCUAAACGUUCUGACACUGGUACAUACACCCUCAAAGCGAAGAACAUAAACGGAACAGAUACUGCUACAGUCAAAAUAUUAGUGAUGGACGUGCCUCUUCCACCAGAAGGCCCAUUACGUGUAGAAGAUAUUACAAGGUCUGGAUGUUCGCUCAGAUGGAGACCACCUAAAGAUGACGGCGGUAGUGAGAUUACCCACUACGUCGUUGAAAAGAUGGACCAAGAAAACCUUCGCUGGAUUCCAGCUGGUGAAGUUCAAGGCUGCCAUAUUCGCAUCGACCAUCUUAUUGAAGGUCACGAUUACAAUUUCAGAGUUCGUGCUGUCAACAAACAGGGUGAGUCGCAACCACUUGUCGGCCAAGAACCGAUCACUGCUAAGGACCCAUACGGUACACCAGACAAGCCUGGAACACCAGUUGUUAAAGACUGGGACAAAGAUCAUAUGGACUUAGAAUGGGUCCCACCGAAAAAGGAUGGUGGCUCACCAAUUACUGGUUACAUUAUAGAAGCGAAGAAAAGGUACGGUCCUUGGGAAGUGGCCGCUACGGUAACAGGUAAUAAGACAACAGCAACUGUACCAGGACUUCAAGAAGGAGAGGAGUACGAAUUCAGAGUAAUUGCCGUUAACAAGGCAGGUAAUGGUGAACCAUCUGACGCAUCCACACCACAAGUGGCUAAAGCUAGGUUCUGUGUUCCCACAUUUGACAAAAUGCUUCUUGCUGAUAAGACAGUUAAAGCGGGCCAGAGGAUACAAUAUGAUAUUCCAGUUGAGGCAUCUCCUAAACCAACAGUCGAAUGGCACAUUAAUGGCAAAGCUGUACACCCAUCGGACAGAAUCGACAUUCAGGUUACGCACAAUAGGGUCAUUCUAGACAUUCCAUUUUCCGUUCGUUCUGACGGUGGCGUUUAUAAACUGACCUUAAAGAACGACCUAGGAGUAUGCUCAGCCAGUGCUACAGUUACUGUGUUGGACAAACCUUCGAGACCAGAGAAACCUUUGGUUGUUUCUGAUGUUACAAAAGACUCCUGCUCGUUAUCAUGGAAAGUACCACUGGAUGAUGGUGGAUCUCCGAUUUUGCAUUAUGUUAUUGAGAAAAUGGAUCUCUCGCGUGGUACCUGGUCAGAUGCCGGCAUGAGCACCUUCUUAUCACAUCAAGUGACCAGGCUUAUCCACAUGAAAGAAUACUUGUUCAGAGUAAGCGCAGUUAACGCUAUUGGACAAUCAGAGCCUUUAGAAUUAGAUCGCGCUAUAGUUGCAAAGAACGAGUUCGACGAACCGUCUGCUCCAGGUAAACCAGAAGCAACCGACUGGAGCAAGAGCCAUGUUGACUUGCAAUGGAAUCCACCCAAAUCCGAUGGUGGAGCUCCCAUCACUGGUUAUAUCGUACAAAAGAAAGAAAAGGGCAUCCCAUACUGGGUAAAUGCUGCUCAUGUACCACCUAGCAAAACUAAAGCGACUAUACCUGAUCUGGUCGAAGGCCAGGAUUACGAAUUCCGGGUAAUUGCUAUAAACCAGGCUGGACAAUCAGAACCCAGUGAACCUUCAGAUACUAUCACAGCCAAGGAUAGAUUUGUUGCACCUAAAAUUCUUACACCACUUAAAGAAAUUCGUAUCAAGGCUGGUCUCAUCUUCCACUGUGAUAUUGACUUCAUUGGAGAGCCUAUACCAGAAGUCAAAUGGACGUGUGACGAUAAACCAGUUGUAACCAAUGAAAGGACCACUGUUACUUCUGUCGGCCACCACACAAUCGUCCACACUGUAAACUGCAAGAGAUCAGAUGCCGGAAAAUAUCAUUUAUCACUGAAGAACGAUUCUGGUUCUGAUGAGGGAAGCUUCGACGUGAUCGUUUUGGAUGUGCCCGGACCACCACAACCACCAUUCGUAUACGAAGAAAUCACUGCCCAAUCUGUAACUUUGUCAUGGAAACCACCUAAAGAUAAUGGUGGCAGUGAAAUCACUGGUUAUGUUAUCGAAAAACGUGAUUUGACUCACGGUGGUGGUUGGGUACCAGCUGUCACUUACGUCAACCCCAAAAACACACACGCAACCGUACCCCGUCUUUAUGAAGGCACCAAGUACGAAUUUAGAGUAUUUGCUGAGAACUUGCAAGGACGUUCUGAACCUUUAGUUACUGACAAGCCAAUCAUAGCCAAAAAUCAGUAUACGGUACCUGGCAGACCAGGUAAACCAGAACUCGUAUCUGCAGAUAAAGAUCACAUCAAAAUCAGGUGGUCUUCUCCUAUAUCCAAUGGUGGAUCAAACAUUAUUGGCUACGACGUUGAAAGACGUGACAAGACUUCCGGUAGAUGGAUUAAGGUUAAUAGGGAACCAGUUCGAUUCAAUGAAUAUAAUGAUGAAAGAGUCCAAGAAGGUCAUCAAUACGAUUAUAGAGUAUCUGCUGUUAAUGCAGCUGGAGCAGGACAGCCUUCAGAUCCAUCAAACGUUUUUAUUGCCAAACCAAUGAAGGAGAAACCUAAGUUGUGGUUAGAUGGCCUUAUAGGUCGCAAGAUCAAGGUUAGAGCUGGUGAACCUAUAAACAUAAACAUUCCAAUUUCUGGUGCACCAACGCCUAGAAUAACAUGGAACAAGGGAACUGUUCCGCUCGUGCCUUCUCACAGGAUCUCAGCCGAGACUAAAGCUGAUGAAACAAAACUCAGCAUCGAAAAAUCUACUAGGGAAGACGCAGGUAAAUAUACAAUUAUUGCAAAUAAUGAGCAUGGCAAAGAUUCUGCGGAUAUCGAAGUCAUCGUUGUCGAUAAACCUGGAAUACCUAAAGGUCCACUAUGCUGCACACCAGUAACGCAUGAAUCAAUGAGCUUAUCAUGGCAGCCACCAACUGAUGAUGGCGGUAGUGAAAUCACUGGUUACGUCGUUGAAGUCGCCGAAUUUGGUGUUAACGAUUGGCGAACAGUCGCAGGAUUCUGUCCAAAAUGUUCAUUCACUGUUAAGAACUUGACUGAAGGUAAAAAAUACGUAUUUAGAGUUCGCGCAGAAAACUUGUAUGGUGUUUCUGAGCCAUUGGAAAGCAAACCUAUUGUGGCUAAAUUACCGUUCGAUCCACCAGAUGCACCCGAUACACCUAAAAUCACUGGCUACAGUGCUAAUAGUUGUUCACUGGAAUGGCAACCACCAGCAAACUGCGGUGGAAAACCUAUCACUGGUUAUUACGUUGAAAAGAGGGAACGUGGAGGUGAAUGGAUUAAGGUUAACAACUACCCUACACCAAACACUUGCUACACGGUUCAAGAUCUACGCGAAGGCAAUCGCUACGAAUUCCGUGUCAUUGCUGUUAACGAAGCAGGACCCGGUAAACCUAGCAAACCCACUGAGCCAAUUGUCGCGCAAACUCAGAGACUCAAGCCGAGCCCACCGGAAGCACCCAAGGCAGACAGAAUCACAAGAGACUCUGUCACAUUGUCCUGGAGACCACCAAAGAGCGAUGGUGGUGCUAAAAUCAAGGGCUAUAUUGUUCAACAAAAGGCUAAGGGAGACAAAGAUUGGAAGGACGUAAACGAUGUACCUGUGCCGACCCUCGUACACAUUGUGCCUAAUCUCAAGGAAGGUGAAGUGUACCAGUUCAGGGUCAUCGCUGUUAAUGAUGUUGGUAAAUCUGAACCGAGCAAACAGACAGGUGAUAUUACGAUCGCUGAACAGCCCAACAAACCUUGCAUGGACCUCGGUGGCGUGCGUGACAUUACUGUGCGCGCUGGUGAGGACUUCUCCAUUCACGUGCCAUACACCGGCUUCCCGCAACCAACCGCAUCAUGGUUUGCGGAUGAUAAGUUACUUGAUGUUGAAGGUGACUCAAGAAUAUUCCAGAAGAUUACACCUGAAUCUGCGUCUCUUGUUGUUAAGAAUGCAAAGAGAUCAGACGGUGGACAAUACCGUUUGCAAUUACGUAACCCAUCUGGCUACGACACUGCCACAAUCAAUGUACGCGUACUCGAUAGACCCGGGAAACCGGAGAACUUACGUGCGGAUGAAUUCGAGGGUGAAGCUCUUACAUUGUAUUGGAACCCACCGAAAGACAAUGGUGGCGGAGAGAUUACUAACUACGUCGUCGAGAAGCGUGAAGCUCGUACGCCUAACUGGACAAAGGUGUCUGGUUACGUCACGACACCGUUCCUACGGGUGAAGAACUUGACCGUUGGAAAGAGUUACGAAUUCAGAGUCAUGGCUGAGAAUCAGUACGGCCAGUCUGAUCCGGCUCAAACCACGGAACCGAUCAGAGCGAGACAUCCCUUCGACCCGCCUGGUGCACCCGGUGCUCCUCGUUCCGUCGAAACGACAGAAUCUUCGAUCACAGUCACCUGGACGAAACCACGUCAUGACGGAGGAUCACCCAUUACCGGCUACAUCCUCGAAAAGAGACUAAUAACCGAAGACAAAUGGACCAAAGCUGCCCACGCACACAUUCCAGACACGACUUACAAGGUGAUAGGGUUGAUCGAGAACCAUGAAUAUGAGUUCCGCGUGUCCGCUGUGAACGCGGCUGGCCAAGGCCCUUGGUCGCAGAGCUCGGACGCGAUCCGCGCCUGCGCCCCGCCCAAUGCGCCGCGCAUCACCAGCGACCUCAGCCUGCGAGACAUCACCGUCAUCGCCGGAGAGGAAAUCAAGAUCACCGUCCCCUUCACAGGAAACCCGAGACCGAAGGUAUCAUGGAUAAUAAACAACGACGAAGUAUUCCCCGACCACCGCAUCCGAUUCGUUACAUCUGAUAUCGACACGGUGUUCCACAACUCAAGCGCUAAGCGAUCAGACACGGGCUCGUACACUGUACAGUUGACCAAUAGCGAAGGAUCUGAUAGUGGUACUUGCAGGGUGCUAGUCGUAGACAGGCCGUCCCCACCGGUGGGACCACUCGACGUGUCUGACAUCACGCCGGAUACUUGCACGUUGUCAUGGAAACCACCACUAGACGACGGUGGCUCACCCAUUACUAACUAUAUCGUUGAAAAGAUGGAUAAUAUUGGAGUAUGGUCAAAGAUCUCAUCGUUCGUCCGCAACUGCCACUACAAUGUCAUGGGCCUGGAACCGAACCGCAAAUACAUGUUCCGCGUUCGCGCUGAGAACCAAUACGGUGUUUCAGAGCCAUUGACAAUGGACGACUAUAUCACUGCCAAGUUCCCAUUCACGAUACCCGACCCGCCUGGCGUGCCUCGCGUAUUGGACUGGGACGGUUCCACUGCCAACGUGGUCUGGGAUAGACCAAGAUCAGAUGGCGGAGCUCGUAUCCAAGGAUACAAGAUCGAAUUUAGAGAUGUACAGGACAAAUUAUGGACUAGUGCCGACUACCUCGUUAAGGAUUGCAAUUACCAGGCAUAUAAUCUGGAACCGGGUCACGAGUACGAGUUCCGCGUCCGCGCCAAGAACGCGGCCGGCUUCAGCAAGUACUCGGCCAGCUCUCAGCCCUUCAAGGUCCGCGGCAAGGCCGGUCCGCCCUCAGCACCUCGGUCACCGAGGGUGCUCCGAGUGGGAAGGAACUAUGUGGAUGUCUCUUGGGAUCCGCCGGCAUCUGACGGAGGUUCCCGUAUAACAGGCUACAUUAUCGAGCGUCGUGAGCUCAGCAGCUCAGUAUGGCUCAAGUGUAACGACUACGCCGUGCUCGAUACGACCUUCACUGCGCUCAACCUCAGUGAGAAGGCAGACUUCGAGUUCAGGAUCAUCGCUGUCAACCAUGCCGGCAAAUCCGAACCUUCGAGCUGCACCACCCCGGUGCGCACCGGCGAGGAGGUCGGUGGGGCGAAGCCCGAGUGGCUGAAACAGAUGCCUCCCCACAUGUGCGCCCCGCUGGGCCGGCCCUACGUGCUGGAGUGCGUCGCGUCCGGCAGCCCCGUGCCCGUCGGCCGCUGGCUGAAGAACGGCCGGGAGGUCGUGCUCGGUGCCAGAUUCAUAUCAGAGUCCCGCGAAGGAACACUCAAAUUGAACAUCCUCGAGGCCACGGAAGCCGACGAGGGCGACUACACGUGUGAAGCUAGCAACAGUAUUGGACACAUUUACUGCACCGCUCAUCUUAAGAUUGGAAGCCCACCACGCAUCACUCGCAUGCCGGGUGACCUGCAUCUGCCGGAGCAUGACAACACGAAGAUCAAGAUCUUGUACACGGGAGACCAGCCCGCUGACGUCACACUCAGCAAGGACGGACACAAGCUCAGCGAGUCACCUCACCUUAAAUAUACCGUCUUCGAUGACUAUAUACUUAUCUUCAUCAAGGACAUCACUAAGGAUGACAUGGGAACAUACAAAAUCACAAUUAAGAACAACUCUGGCGAAACAUCAGACUCGUUCUCGGUGACCGUCACAGGGUUACCUGGACCACCACAAGGACCCCUGGAGACUACCGACAUUAACAAGCACACAUGCACAUUGGCCUGGAAACCACCCACGUAUGACGGUGGCAUGCCUAUCACCCACUACGUGGUCGAGAGGAUAGAUAUCUCUGGCACUACCUGGAUAACCAUAGCGUCCUCGGUCAGGGAUACGAGGUUCAUGGUACACGGUCUUACGGAAGGUCAAGAGUACAACUUCAGGAUACAUGCCGCUAACGAUAAUGGCAUUGGUCCUGGAUUGGAGGGUGUUAACCCGAUCAAGGCCAAGGCGCCCUUCGACCCUCCGUCUGCUCCGGGUGUGCCCAGUAUCGUGUCUGUGGGCGGACACUUCGUGCACCUCGAGUGGGACAAACCCGAAAGCGAUGGCGGAUCGCGAGUGCAAGGCUAUUGGGUAGACAAACGCGAAGUCGGCUCAAUGAGCUGGCAGCGUGUGAACGUGACAUUGUGCGUGGCGAAUCAACUCAACUGCGCCAACCUCAUCGAGGGUCGCCAAUACGAGUUCCGUGUCAUAGCACAAAACGAAGCUGGUCUCUCACCUCCCAGCACCAACAGCCAACAAGUCAAGGUCGUAGAUCCGAAGGCUGCAACACCACCGGAGAUUGUGAAACCAUUGAAGAAUGCCAACUGCAUCCAGUACCACAAUGCCAAGUUCCAGUGCACCAUCACUGGAUCACCCAAACCAACCAUUACAUGGUACAAGGGAGCCCGCGAGAUAACCAACGGCCCGCGCCACCGCAUCUGGAGCGAGGGCGACAACCACUUCCUGACGGUGAUGGACGUGUUCGGCGAGGACGCGGACGAGUACGUGUGCCGCGCCGUCAACAAGGCCGGCGUCAAGAGCACGCGCGCCGAGCUGCUCAUCAUGACCGCACCAAAACUCAACGUGCCACCAAGAUUCCGCGACACAGCAUACUUCGACAAGGGCGAGAAUGUGGUCAUCAAGGUUCCAUUCACUGGCCACCCGGUGCCUAAGAUCACGUGGGUGCGAGAGGGAGAGACUAUUGAGUCUGGUCUGCACUACCAUGUAGAGAGAAAAGAACGCCACGCUAUUCUCACGAUCCGUGAUGCCAGCAAGAUGGAUUCGGGACCGUACAGAAUCACAGCUGAAAAUGAACUUGGACAGGAUUCGGCCAUUAUUAACAUCGAAAUUAGCGAUCGUCCCGACCCACCACGCUUCCCAUCCGUGGACAACAUCGGCGUGGACUCGCUGGCACUAUCAUGGAAAGCGCCAGUUUGGGACGGUGGUUCAGACAUCACCAACUAUUUGGUUGAGAAGAGAGAACACCCCAUGUCCAGCUGGAUAAGGGUAGGAAACACCAGAUUCACAACAAUGGCGAUCACAGGAUUGGCAUCAGGCAAGCAAUACGAGUUCCGCGUGUACGCUGAGAACAUAUACGGACGUUCGGAACCGAGCGAACCAACGUCGCUCAUACAGACAAAGUCCAUCAUCAAGAAGGAGUUCAAGAAGAUGGAAUAUCCAGUCGACGAAACUGGCAAACGCAUCCGUACAAACGCAGACCACGGCCCAGUCAAGGACUACGACAGCUACGUAUUCGAUAUCUACAGUAAAUAUGUACCGCAGCCCGUCGAGAUCCGCACAUGCUCUGUGUACGACAAAUACGAUAUCCUCGAGGAGAUUGGUGACUUCGUGAGAGCUUCUUCUAAACGGAAACCCCGUGGAGGCACAGGGGCGUUCGGCGUCGUCCACCGCUGCCGCGAGCGCGCCACCGGGAACUACUUCGCGGCCAAGUUUAUACCUGUCGCCGGUGCCAUGGAGAAGGAGCUCAUCAAGAAGGAGAUAGAUAUCAUGAACCAGCUGCAUCACCGCAAGCUCAUCAACUUGCACGAUGCCUUCGAAGACGACGAUGAAAUGGUGCUGAUAUUCGAGUUCAUGUCCGGAGGCGAGCUGUUCGAGCGCAUAACGGAGCCCGGGUACAACAUGAGCGAGGCGGAGGCCGCGCACUACAUGCGCCAAGUGUGCGAGGGAGUGCGACACAUGCACGAGCAGAACAUCAUACACCUGGACCUCAAGCCGGAGAACGUCAUGUGCACCACCAGGACCGGCACUGACGUCAAGAUCAUUGACUUCGGCUUGGCGACCAAGUUAGAUCCGAACGAAGUCGUCAAGAUAUCGACGGGCACGGCCGAGUUCGCGGCGCCGGAGAUCGUGGAGCGCGAGCCCGUCGGCUUCUACACCGACAUGUGGGCCGUCGGGGUGCUCUCCUACGUGCUAUUAUCUGGUCUCUCUCCGUUCGCUGGUAACAACGACAUCGAAACGCUGAAGAACGUUAAGGCGUGUGACUGGGAGUUCGACGAAGAAGCCUUCCAGCACGUAUCUGAUGAUGCCAAGGACUUCAUCAGGAGGUUGCUUGUUAAGAACAAGGAGAAGCGUAUGACGGCCCACGAGUGCCUGGCUCACCGCUGGCUGGCCGGAGACGCGACCGCCGCCCGCACUGCCACCAUACAGGCGAGGAGAUACGAACAGAUGAGGAACAGGCUGCGGGAGAGAUACGAGAACUGGUCAUCAUUCGUGCUGCCGAUCGGAAGGCUCAGCGAGUACAGUUCCCUGCGCAAACUUCUCAUCGAGAAGUGGAAGAUUUACGACGGACAAUUCGACCGGCGGCAAGCGGCCCCGCGGUUCGUGAUCAAGCCGCAGUCGGCGUUCUGCUACGAGGGGCAGUCGGUGAAGCUGUACUGCCGCAUCAUCGCCGUGGCCGCGCCCACCGUCACGUGGUCGCACAACAACCGCGAGCUGCGCCAGUCCGUCAAGUACAUGAAGAGAUACGCCAACGACGAUUACUACUUCAUAAUCAACCGCGCAAAGUUAGAGGAUCGCGGCGAGUACAUCAUCAGGGCUGAGAAUCACUAUGGCUUCAGAGAAGAAGUCGUCUUUUUGAAUGUACAACCGGUUCCCAAAGUGCAGAGACAGCACGUUUCCGAAGAGCCUCGUCGUCGCGAACCUCUGCCGUACACCUUCUGGCAGGAAUGGAGCGAGACAGCACCUUCCUUCACCUUCCAGCUGCGUCCGCGUGUGAUGCAGGCGAGGGAUACUUGCAAGCUGCUCUGCUGUCUGAGCGGCAAACCCACGCCCACGGUUAAAUGGUAUAAGGAUAAGCGCGAAUUGUCUAAGUACGACUACGCGAUGACGCAGUCUGACGGCGUGGUGACCAUGGAGAUCAUUGACUGCCGGCCGGAGGACAGCGGCAAGUACUCGUGCGUCGCCACCAACGUGCACGGAACGGAUGAGACCUCUUGCGUCGUCAUCGUAGAAGGCGAAGUAGUAAGCGAGGAGCAAGCUACGCUCGCACACAACCUCCUGUACUCGGGCGAAAGACGCUACAUCGAGAAACCCCUCAAACCUGCGCCUGCGCCGAUAAUCACCAAGACUAAGGUGACAAUCGACCCACCGGCCAAAUCGUCCGGUCCGCGUCCGAAGUUUUCACCUCAGACCUCAGUCGAGGCUAGCAAGCAGAAGAAAUACGGCGCUAAACUGGACUCUGACGCAGCUUCGAGAUCUAGGAGUGCGACGAAGGAACUAGUCUUACCAGCAUCUGAUUCAUCAAUGUGCAAGCCUUCCUUCGCCCGCUCAUUGCCAGACUCCUUCGCCGCUAAAGAUGGUGCUCCUCUGCUACUGUCAUGUGCAGUUAGAGGAGACCCUGACCCAAGGGUCGAAUGGUUUAAGGAUGGCAAACCUUUGCAUUCUUCUGAGGUCGUCGACCUUAAAUACAAGAACGGCGUCGCGUCGCUGGUUAUUAACGAAGUGUUCCCCGAAGACGUGGGAGUUUACUCCCUGAAGGCGAUCAACAGCCAGGGAGAAGUCGAGACCAAGUGUAACGUGACCGUCAGAACGGACGGGCCGGCGGCGGGCGCGCCCAAGGACCGGCCGCCGCGCAUCGUGGACCACGCGCGCUCGCAGAACGUGCACGACGGGGAGCCCGUCGCGCUGGCCUGCAGAAUCGCGGGCGCAGAGCGCUUCGACGUGGUCUGGCUGCACAACAACAAGGAAAUCAAGCCUUCCAAGGACUUCCAGUACUCAUGCGAAGCGAACAUCCACAAGUUGCAAAUCGCUGAGAUAUUCCCCGAGGACGCCGGUGUAUACACGUGCGAGGCGUUUAACGACGCCGGCGAGUCAUUCUCGUCGUGCACGCUCGUCGUGUCGGUGUCGGGAGAGACGCCCGCCACGCCGCAGUACCGCGACUUCCCCGCCUCCACCACUGUCACUAGUGGAGAACCCGCCGUGUUCAGCGCGGAGCUGGAUAAGCCACCACUCCAGCUCCAAUGGCUGAAGGACGGGAAACCGAUCGACGAGACAUCGAACCGAUACAAGUUCACAAUGGAGGGCACGUCGCGGUACCGCCUCGAGAUCGUGAAGUGCAACCCCGACGACGGCGGCCAGUACCAGGCCCGCGCCGUCGGCUCCAAGGGGGACUCGCUCGCCGCCUUCUACCUGAACGUAGUCGAUAACUAAAAGGGAACACGAGAAACCAUUUCUCAUUUCAUGGACUGACAGAUAUAUUAACUCGGGACCCAAGAUGUAACCUUGCGGUACCCCGAAUGAUUUUUUUUUUACCAAUUUUGCGAACAUUAUUAAUGGAAAACGAUUUUUAUACGAUUCGGAGUCUUAGUGUAAAGGAGUUUUUUUUACAUAAAUGAUUAUUUAUUAAUUUAUUAAGUAUUGUUUAAGUGUUACACCCUAUUGAAAGCUUACGAGAAGACGCUCGGAGAAUCGAUCCUCGUGCGUUCUCUAGUCACUGUUUAAAGUUUAAAUGUUCUAAUAAUCUAUUCAGUUGUUAUGGUUAUUUAUUUUCUACACCUAACAUAUUUAUUGCAGCUUCCGGAUAUUAAAGCUUGGAAUUAAUAAAUUUUGCUUAGAUUGGGGUCCGGUACAAACGCUGGUGACCCUUCCCCGGGUAUCCUGUCCGCCACCACAGACUACCUCCGGAACGGUCGUCCGCGAGCCGACCAUGAUCAUUAAUAUUAUUUUUUAUAUAAAUUUAACUGUAUUAUUUAAUUGUAAAUAAUUUAUAUCAUGUGACCGCGUAAUUUAUGAAUAAAUAUGUAUAUUAAAAAUAUAA